ACUGUCCAUAAUAUUAAAGGGUUCCUCAAGACUAUCCAUAAUAUUAAAGGGUGCCUCAAGACUGUCCAUAAUAUUAAAGGAUGCCUCAAGACUGUCCAUAAUACUAAAGGGUGCCACGGACUGUCCAUAAUAUUAAAGGGUGCCUCGGGACUGUCCAUAAUACUAAAGGGUGCCACAGGACUGUCCAUAAUAUUAAAGGGUGCCUCAAGACUGUCCAUAAUACUAAAGGGUUCCAGGGGACUGUCCAUAAUAUUAAAGGGUUCCUCAAGACUAUCCAUAAUAUUAAAGGGUGCCACAGGACUGUCCAUAAUAUUAAAGGGUGCCUCGGGACUGUCCAUAAUAUUAAAGGGUGCCUCAAGACUAUCCAUAAUAUUAAAGGGUGCCACAGGACUGUCCAUAAUAUUAAAGGGUGCCUCAAGACUAUCCAUAAUAUUAAAGGGUGCCUCAAGACUAUCCAUAAUAUUAAAGGGUGCCUCAAGACUGUCCAUAAUAUUAAAGGAUGCCUCAAGACUGUCCAUAAUACUAAAGGGUGCCACGGGACUGUCC